AUCGGUAAAAUCGAUAAAGUAUGGAUUUUUUUCAAUUUAUUCUGAAAUAUUUUAAAAUUUAUUCUGAAAUCCUUGCGUGGGAACGGAUAUCCGAAAGUGAGCUCAGGCUACAGGAAAUGGUAGCGACAGCUCCGCGUAGCACACAAAGUUUUGGUCAGCCGAGUGUUCUUGCCCACGACCUCCAUGUCUCGUCCCCGUCCACCCCCACUUGUCACCGGCAUCUCACCCAAAGAGGGUGCGUCCUGGACCAAAGUCACUAUUCGUGGUGAAAAUUUGGGCACAGGGUCAGCUGAUCUCAUUGGUCUGUCAAUAUGUGGUCAUAACUGCCUGCUAACAGCAGAGUGGAUGUCAGCCAGCAAAAUAGUGUGUCGGGUGGGGCCAGCAAAAGACGACAAGGGAGAGAUCAUUGUCACAACCAAGUCUGGAGGUCUUGGGACCUCCACAGUUUCAUUCAAAUUGCUUAAACCGGAAAGGAUUGGUAUUUUGGACCAGUCGGCUGUGUGGGUAGAUGAACUAAACUACUACGACAUGAGGACAGACCGCAACAAAAGCAUUUCACCUCUCUCCCUCAGACCCAACAAUCCGCUGGGUAUCGAGAUCGACAAAGGCAAGUUCCUGCUGAAAGAUAUUGAGAUGACAUUUCCAGGGAUGAGUGGUGACUUCACCAGUGAGAACUUCUCUGCCACAUGGUAUCUCAUUGAAAAUCAUGCAGGAACUAGUUUCGAGCAGUUAAAGAUUGCUGCCACCAAUCUGAAAAAGCAGGCCAAUAAGAAGAAUGAGGGGAGUCUGGCCUAUGUAAAAGGAGGACUCAGUACUUUCUUUGAGGCUCAGGACGCUCUGGCAGCGAUCCAUCAGAAACAGGAUUCAGAUGGUGCUGAAAGAGUAGAGGAAGCAAUGACCCAACGCCUUGAAGUCAUCCUCAACAGAGCUAGUGACACUGCAGAUACUCUUUUCCAGGAAGUUUUGGGACGGAAAGACAAAGCUGACUCUACACGCAAUGCGCUCAACGUCCUGCAGCGUUUUAAGUUUCUUUUCAACCUGCCACUUAACGUUGAACGCAAUAUCCAGAAGGGUGAUUAUGAUGUGGUGAUAAAUGACUACGAGAAGGCAAAAUCUCUCUUUGGGAAAACAGAGGUCCCUGUGUUUAAAAAAGUGUAUGGGGAGGUUGAAACAAGGAUCAGGGCUCUCAGGAGCUUACUUCUGGAAAAAUUGCUUCAGACUCCCUCAACACUCCAUGAUCAGAAGAGAUAUAUCAGAUACCUGUCUGACCUUCAUGCUCCAGGUGACCCAGCAUGGCAGUGUAUUUACGCUCAGCACAAAUGGAUACUGGAGCUGAUGCAAGACUGCAGAGAUGAGUUUAUCAGUGGUCAGAGAGUCUCUGUUGGACCUCUGAAUCUGGAGGGGGAUACUGGUCCAUCUGCCCUCGGCAGGCUCACCCAGACAUCGUCUUUGAAGAGAGGAAGGAGCCUGCAAAUGACAAGACCUAGCAAUGAGACAGACAUUCAAAGAGAUCAUUCUUUGGAAUACGAGCUGAAAAGACCAGAAAAUAUUGAUGGAUCUUGGCAAUUAAACAUGAUGGAUGGUGCGCAACCAAAACACACAGGCCUGUGUAAUAAUCGCUUCAUUUCAGACUGGCACUUUGAAACCCCUCAGCAGGUGCAAUUUGUGGAAGAGCUUUCAGACUUGGUGAUUGGCCAGCUACCGAACUUCUGGAAGCUUUGGAUUUCUUAUGUUAAUGGGAAUCUUUUUAGCGAGACUGGAGAGAAAUCUGGACAAGUAGAAAAAUUUAAGAAGAAUGCCCGACAACGACAGAAUGAUUUUAAAAAAAUGAUUGAGGAAUUGACCAAUCGGUUGGUUAAAUUUGUUCGUGGGGCCCUUCUUCCCAUUACACUGCUACAAGGUGAGCGAAGUCUUUAUGGAGGGUGGGAGAACAAGACAGAACUUAAUGGGACCUGGCUCACUCAAAUCAUUCACACUGUCAGAGGUUGUUUUGAAGCAUUGUCUGCCUUGGAGAUACCAAAUGAUCUGUUGCAGGUGAUCCAGGAUCUAUUGCUGGAAUUGAGAGUUCAUUGCCUCAUGGUGACACUGCUGCACACUACAAAUGAUGUCAAGAGCCUCGCUGAGAAGGAAGACUGGGCAGUAGAUAAUGAGGGCCUUACUAGGCUGCCAUCUCAGUUUGAACAGUGUGUGGUCCAGAUGUUGAAAUCACUGAGAGAGACUCUGGAGAUCAAACCAGGAGAGAUCAACGUCCUACAGCUGGACCAAGUUCAAGACCAAGCCACAGACCUAUGCGUGAACAUCAUGAAGGUUUUUAUCAACUGCCUGGAACAACUAAGCACAAACAGAGAUGGAGAUGUGACUACAUCUCACAUUUCCAUGGAUCUGUCCUCUCCGGAUCGAUUUCACAACAUGCAGGAGUGCUGGAGCCCAACAUCUGAACAACGCUUGCUUAUAAUCCUCAGUAACUGCCAUUACCUGGAGAGAGACACUUUUCUUAAUCUAUCUGAUCAUUUUGAGAAGCAUGGAUUGAUGGGCACUGAGAAAAUCACACAGGUGAGCAUGCUCGCUGUUCGGGAACUGGAGGAAAAAUUAUUUGAUACAUACAUUGAAAGGAGAGCUGACCCAAUCGCAGGCUCCCUGGAGCCUGGUAUCUACGCUGGAUAUUUCGAUUGGAGAGACUGUCCAACUCCUACAGGGGUGAGGAGCUACUUAAAGGAAGCCCUGGUCAAUAUCAUCACAGUUCACGCUGAGGUCUUUACCAUCUCCAAGGACUUGGUUCCUUGUGUCUUGUCAAAAAUUCUUGCAGCAGUUGCUGACGAGAUGUGUCGUCUUAUGCAGUGCGUAUCAUCCUUCAGCAAAAAUGGUGCCCUGCAGGCUCGCCUUGAACUUUGUGCUUUGAGAGAUGCUAUAGCAGUAUACCUAAAUGGUGAAAGCAAUGCCAGCUUUGAAAUGGCGUUAGAUGCCCUUCCUCCGUUACAUAGCACAUCUGACAAAAAGUUAAUGGAGGAACUGUUGAAUAAGUUCAAGAGCACCAUGCAACUACAGCUCACCUGCUUCCAGCCUUCCUAUAUUUAGCCUUUGAAGAGAUAAACCAAAGACCCACAUCUUCUUUCUUAUUGCUAUGCUGUUCCCAAGACAUAUUCAGUGUUUUGUACUUCACAAGCUGUCAGUUGUCUCAGACACCACUUAAAUUUACUGUGACUCUGUUGGAGACUCCCAUUUAUCAUGCAUAUGCUAAUUUUAUCUGGUUGCUCGUAGGCCAACAAACUGUGGCAGUAACAUUAUUCAAGGUCAUCAUUCCCACAAUGAGUAAUGAGGGCAGCAUAUGUUGCCAUGAAAGGAAAAUUACAAUUACUGUCCAAUAAACAUGGCAUAUACUGUAUCCCACUUUUAUAAUAGUCAGUCUAUACCACAGUCCAAUCCAUGUGCAGCAGUGCCUUACAAUCUCACUUCCAAAUGAAUUCAUUAUGGUUUAGAUUGAGUAAAUUUCUGACUUCUAAAGUUCUUCCAAGCUAGACUCAUCCAGCCUACCAUUUGUGGAGCUUGCUUUGUGCACUGGGGUCACAGUUCUAUCAGUAUUGUUAGCUUUAUCUAUUGCAAAUGUUUUUUGCCCUUCAACAGUAUGUUAUUAAAACACCUUAAUGUUCA